AGUUUUCGUAUAUGAAUUUUGUCGAUAAGGAUAGUGAUAUUCUGCAUAUUGAGCCGGUAAAACCGACUCCAGUUGAGUCUACACUGUUCAAGUUUGUAGAGGAAGUAAAAGAUUUAAAGAACCUAGCUGCUAAGCUGCAUGCUGUAAAUGAAUUUGCGUGUCAAUUAUUCAAUAUCAGUUACUGCCCACCAACAGAAGAAGACAUUCCAGAAGGGAAAAGUUUGGUUGUAGUGGCAUAUAAUCCCUUUGGUUGGCCCCGUACUGACAUUGUUAAAAUACCGGUUGAUGUACCAAUACAACAGAGCUAUCUCUGGUAUGGUUCAAGCACUGGAGAUUAUGAUUCUUAGGCUUCAGGGGCAUACAUUUUCCGGCCUAAUGGGGCACGUCCAAUUGUUGUUUCAAGAUCAGCAAGCACUUUCUUGCAGUUCAAUGUAUUUAUAUGUUAUUAUUUAUUUUCUAUAAAAAAUUAUCAGACCAAUUUAUGAUAAUAAGCUUUGAAAACAACAAAUUAGCCGAGAGCUUCUAAUGGUUUUGACUUCUGAUCUGUUAUCUAAUUUCAUGCAUUUUACAGGUUUCGCUAAAGGUCAUUCGUGGAGCUUUAGUUGAUGAGAUUCACCAAGAGUUUAAUUCAUGGAUCUAUUAGGUUAUUAACAUAUUUUCGGAUUUAAAAUUUUAGGCCAUAAUGUAAGAACCAAAACUUGUUCUCUUAUAAUAGUAUCAAACAAAAAUGAAACACAAUCAGAUUGCAAUUUUCUGCUCUUGGGAACUAUCAGACCAUAGAUUUAGUGUGUGUAGUUCUAACAACUCUUUAUUUUGAAAGAUUGGUCCAAUGAGGGAAAAUUGAGAAUGUGUUGAA